AUGUCUGAACCAUUCAAACAUCUUCUCACGAAACAAACAGUCUGAACCAUUAAGUACUGAACCAUUCAAACAUCUGAACCAUUAAAAAGCUGAAACAAACCGCUCCUAUAUGUAACAUUGGGGUGGUUACUAAACGAGAAAUUAAAACUCAUGUCAAAGGUGAUAAAAGAGCCGUUUGCACUAAUAAAUGCCAGCUGGGCGCGGUUUCGUUUCCACCCACACACACGCGCUUACCACUCUGAGUACAGAGGUUCGUCGACAAUGUCUGAAGAUCGAGUAUAUCCUCUCGAUUCUCCGCCGUCAUCUGAAACCUCCGGCAGAUUCGACCAGCCGCCGCCGCUUCCAGCAAAGCCCACUCCGCCGCCCGGGACGUACAUCAUCCAGGUCCCCAAGGAGCAAGUAUUCCGCCACCCGCCGCCGGAGAAUGCCCGACAUUCGAACUCCCCCAGGCGCCGCCGCCGCCGCCGAUGCGUCCGCCUUCGCGUUGCACUCUGCCUCCUCGCGGCCCUUCUCGCCGCCCUCGCCCUCGCCGCCGGCGUUCUCUACCUCGUCUUCCGCCCCGAAUCGCCGAGCUACGCCGUGUCCGCCGUGGCAAUCAAGGGGCUGAACCUGACGUCGGCGUCCACGGUGUCGCCGGAGUUUGACGUCACCAUCCGGGCUGAAAACCGUAACGACAAGAUGGGGAUCUAUUACCGGCGAGGAAGCUCCGCGACGGUUUCCCACUCCGGCGUGGACAUCGGUAACGGGGAAUUGCCGGUGCUUUUCCAGCCGUCAAGAAACGUGACGGACUUCCGCGUGGAGCUGAAGGGAAGCGGGAUAAUGCUCGGGAGCGCCGUUAGAUCGUCACUCAUACGUCAGCAGAGGCAAGGGCAGGCGAGAUUUAAGGUGAAUGUGAGAGCUCCCGUCAAGAUAAAAAUCGGGGCCGUGAAAACGUGGGUAAUCACCGUUAAAGUUCACUGUGACGUCACAGUGAAUGCUUUGAACGAGAAACCCAAACUGCUGUCAAAGGACUGUAAUUCCAGUGUGAAACUCUUUUGGUAGAAUUUUGGUUUUCUUUUUGGAAAAUGCUAAGAAGUUUUAAAAAAAAUGGAGCUGGAGCAAAUCCAGCCACAUGGCAUGAAACCAUUGGUCUUUCCUUUUUAUUAUUUCUUCUCCGACUCUUUUGCACCAACACCCCGUGGUUUGGUAAAUGUACACCGUUACCCCCCAUAGUUUCGAAACAUAUGUCGUUGCCACUCAUGGUUCUGAUAUUGCUACGUCAAUACCCCCUAGACAAAAACAUGAUUCAAAUAUUAGGUGAAGAUGUGCAUUGAUGUAGCAAUAUAAGAACCAUGAGAGACAACGACGUAAGUUUUAAACCAUAGGAGGUAACUGUGCACAUUUACCAAAAAUGGUGGAAUAAAUUCUUUCUUCUCCACGGAGAGGAGCUCUUCCCCUGUCUUGGAAUCUGCGGAUAGGAACUUGUCCUUCUCCUCCUCCAUGUAAUGCAGCUUCUACUUCCGGACAACUCCUUCGUCUAUUUAUCCGGCUGCGGGUGCUCCAAAGACCUCUAGACUCUAGAGUCACCGGAGCUUACAUGUCUCAUGGACCAUGUACACCCUUUAUUUGUGUUGAAGAGGAUCCUGAGAACAGUGGCG